AUGGCCGAAAUUAACGCUUACACGCAAGUCGCGCUGCUCCUUGUCCUUUCCACGAACCUCGCUGGCGUCGCCGCCUUCGGUAGCGCCGAGCCCAGUCCGGCGUAUCCCGCAAAUCCCUCGUCGCCAUGGACAAGCAUGAGCUCGGACCAUAUCAGGAGGCUACACUACACGACGGCAGAGGUAAUGACACACCUAAGCAAGGCGGCGGGGCUGACGCAGACCGCGGCGCUGCUGCUCAAGCAGGAGAACUGCCACCUUCGACUCUUGGCGUCCCGCCAGGCGUUUCAGAAUGCGGCCAUCCUUCUGAAGCAGAAAGAGAAGGAUUUAAUCGCGAGGCAGAUUGACAACGCGAUCGCUACGAUUGGCGAUGUCAAGGGAUCCCUAGAGCCUGCUUUUCACCGACCUGCUAUGGACUACCUUGAUGGUGCGCUACGGUUGGCCGAUGUUGCUCGCUCUGACGUCGAAACUUUCUUCGAACCAGAGCUUAUAGAAGCUUGCUGCAUGGCGCCCCACUGGCCCUUCCUAUCACUCGCUGCGACAGCCAGUGCAGCGUCUCACAUUGCCGCGGCUAAAACCACCGUAACCAGAGCAAUUCUCGGCGCUCGGCUCAGCGCAGUCCACGCUGGCGCUUCGUCGUGGCUCCCCGCGAACGCCGCUCGUUCCCGUCACUCCCGGACUGACCUAAACGCACACGCUGCCUCGCUACGGCAUUCCGUCGUCUCGUUUCUAGUCUCGCUGUUAGUACUAGUCGCGUCAUGUGCAGUGGUCGCGUUAAUGCGUCUCAAGGCCACAAACACAGCGAACGGUGGCGGAAUUGGCGGCGGCUUCAGCAUCCUUCGCCGAAACCUGCGAACUUCCAUCGCCUAUGCGGCGCUCUCGACGGAAAAAACGACGCCGUAUGCAGGUCGCGGUGCGGAGACAACGACAGGCGACGAUGAGUCCAAGUUUCAACUUGAAGGAGCCCUGCCAGUGAGGCUCGUGGGGGAGCCCCCCGCAUCGGCGGACGUGCUGCUUACUUGGGCCGAAAGCCCGUACGUACGUCGCCAUGUAAUCGACAUGCGAUCCGAGGCGUCGUGCAAGGCCAUCAUGCCUUCGCAGGAAAUGUCUGCAUCCAGCGACGCGAAAGUCGCAAGCUUGAUUAGACGGUCACCCCGUACCCUCCGAUUUCUCGCCCUAUUCUGCAGUGGCCCACUCGCGGCGUCGCUCGGCCAUCUAGCCAACUCAACGGAGCGCGUGCUGCUCGUGAUUCCGCGCCACGGCCUCGGCAACAGCCUGCGCGGCUUCGUCUCCGCGUUCGUCUUCUCGCGCCUCUCGGGCCGCCGCCUCAUACUCUUCCACGGCGGCGCGCACGGGAAGGUCCUCGACGCGCUCUGCGCCGCAUUCGACUGCGGGUUGGACGAGAUGCGAGGGCUCGGCGCGGAGGAUCAACAGCUUCUAACUCCACCAGGGCCUGAGAGUUGUAAUUAUUCAGCCGGUGACGGGAAGCGGAAGCCAAGGCUCGUGGGAGAGGCGCCUCUGCGUGCUGUCCUGAAGAAGCUUAAUUUCGUGGAUCUCCAAGCACAGGGCCGCUCGCUCGUGGUGCGGCAGUCCAUACCAUCCGCCACUCCCCUGGUUCUUUCACGCAGUGCGCACAACUUUGACGGAUUCUGGCAGCACUACCCCGCUGUCAGGCGCUGUGUGGCUGCCGCAUUCAACUGCCAGGAGGGCGACGCAUGGUGUGUGCACUCGCACGCCCUGCAGCAGCUGCUUCCGCGCCCCUCCCCCUACCUUAUUGCUGCUAUGAGAGCAGUCAUGCGGCGACGGCGGUUCACCGGAGGAGGAUCUCAGGCAGUUGGCGAAGACGAGGAAAGCAAUCUGUCACUUGAAGGGGCUAUGUUUGACAUUGCGCUGCACAUGCGCACGCGACCCUUGUCAAUUGAAGGGAAGGGUGGAAGUGACGCCGGCCGUGGAAGUGGAGGGGAAGAUGGGAGCGCGGCAAUCAACGAGCUGGCGCAUGUGGGAUGUGUUGAUGACGGCUCUGGGGAAGAAAAAGGUGCGCGUGCGAGUGCAACCAGUGCGUUCCUACAGCGCUGCCUCUGGUCGUGCCUCGAUAGUGUGAUCCAAGAAGUGGCAGAGAAGCAGGGAAAACCCAUUGAACCCGAUUCUGCUGCUUCCCACUCCUCCCCUCUUCAGCCACUCUCGAUUUUCCUGGCGACCGACAGUGAGGAGUUGAGAGGCGAGCUUGUGAAUCGCCUAUCAGCUUACGGUGAUGUGUAUUUCUCAACAGGUGCUGUAGUGCACUCUUCCAAGACCGCUACUAAUGUGGUUGGUAGCAGUGGGAAAGGUAAUUCAGCUGCCCACUCAGCAGCGAUGCCGAGCAGAGAGGAAGGCCCUGACGAUUCGACAACAAUCACAGGUGGUGGUAGCGAAUUCGAUUAUGACAGAUAUGCAGAGGCUGGUGAGUAUGUAAGCUCUUUUGCCUACCAAGCUGCCCUCUUGGGCAAUGGCACCUUGGCAGGGAUCAAGUGGGGCAGAGGGCAACUCCGCAAAAUGGGCCGCGGUCUGCGGGGAAAUUCCCCGUCGUCCUACUCCCCGUACACGUAUCACCAUCGUUUCCACGAGUCGCAUGCCGCCGCUACGCUCCCGCCCCUUCUUCCAUCGCCCACUACUCUAGUCUAUCUCCCUUCAGCGUCCUUCGACCCCCCCGUUAUAGUCACCCCCCAUCGCGACCUCCACACGUUAUUCUACACCCAAGCCGCCCUCCCGCCAAUGCCGUCGCCCUCGCGAUCCGCUUUAACGCAUGCCGCACACGCGGAGAGUCCCGCAUCGGUCGCCGCCUUAAUGGGAACAAAUACCGCGCCGCUGCGCCAGCCAGCCGUUGCAUCCCCACCAUCUCCUCCCCCACCCCCCGGGAACACCUCCUCCGCCCCGUCGCCGGGCCGGGGAGGCGCGCCGUCGUCGCCAGCGCCGCCGGGAUCGCAGGGAUGCGACAAGCAAUUCUCGUACACAGCAUCGACGGGGUGCAGUGGCGGGAACGGCGCGGCGGUGGGGUACGUGUUCGGCGGGCUGCUGUGCAUCCUGCUGCUGCUCUUCGUCUCGCUUACCGCCAUCUGCGUCUACCGCCGCCGCUACGCGCGCUACCUCUCCACAUCUGAACCCCCCCUGCGAUCGGAUCUAUCGGGCAUACAGCCAAUGGCAACAACGCACUCCCACCAGGCGCCACGGAAGGAGGACCCCUCGCCACUCACCCCCGAGCCCUGUCCAGGCGUGUGGGUGACCCUCCCCGGCCCUGCUGACGCCUCCCCAUCCGCCUCUGGCGCACCGCACCCGCUCCUCCUGCAAGUGGCGUGGCCUGAGAGCUACGACCGCCGCCUUGCCCGCACCGCCCGCGCCAACCACCACGCUGCGCCUCCCACUGCUGCUGGCUCUACUACCCAGGGCCUAGCUUCCUCUUCUGCUGCUAUCACUUCUGCAGCCGCCGCUGCUGCUGCUGGUUCUGCCGGUGGUGCGGGCAGUGGAAGUGGCAGUGGAGCUUCGACGGGCCGGGCAGCGUUUGGAGCGGGGCAGUCGCUGUCGUUCCGGCGGCCCAGCGCAGGCGGGUGCAUGCGAGCAGGCAGCCACGUGCCCUCGCCCGACUCCUCUAUCCAUUCCAUUUCCAGCCUCGAACCAUCUGUUCAUUCCUCGGUUCAUCUGUCCAUUCGAGGCGGCGCCAGCUUUGGCGGCAGCGGCCGGGGGGGCAUGUUUGGAAGCGGGUUGUAUGGAAGCAUGGGGCUGGGCGGGAUGGGUGUGGGAGGGGCCGCUGGUGGUGCAGGGGCGGGAGGAGUGGUGGUGGUGGGUGAAGGGGUGUUUGGAGCGGCGUCAGGGGCCAUGCUGCCAGUGAGGGAGCAGGGGUGGGGACCCACUGAUGCUUUGCCUGGUGCUGCUGUGCAUGGCACUAGUGUGGGUGAAGUAAGUGCUGCUGGCAACACUGCUGCUGGUGUGAUUGCUGGUGGUGGGGACUCUUCCAGCGAUCCAGGGUUAGGAGUUGAUCCCGAGAAUGCUGAUGCAACAGCAGCGUUGAUAGGAGCAGCAGGGGUAGCAGUGGCAGCCAGGGAAGGGGGAGUGUCAGGGUCAAGCAUGAGGGGACACCCAAAUCCAAUGCCCACUGCACAAUUGCCUGUUUCAUUAGAGGAGAGUGUGUCGCUAAUAGCGCCAUUGCCCCUCCCGGCACAUUUGCAACAAGCAGAGAGCUGUCAGGAGGGCAGCUUUGGCAGUGGAGGGCUGGAGCAUGGGGGGAGGGCAGAGGGGCGGCAACACGGGGGCAACAUUUGGCAAACCAUCUCCUCACUCUCCAUCUCGCGCCAUGCUGCUGCGCAUGACUCAUGA